GUAAAAACAAUAUUACCUUUUAGCCUCUCACCAUUAUAGCCGGUUUUUUCUCUGCUCUUCUUAUACCCAAAACCCAACUUCCCACCUUCAUUAGAACUCUUCCUUCUCCAACAGUCCAACUGACCAUCGAUACCCAAUAUCUUCAAACUGGGGUGGAUUUUACAGAAUCUCACUCUCGGAUCAUGCUUGGUAUUCCAACCUGUAUCAUCUCCUUUUUUUUUUUUUUUGAAAUUUUGAUAUUUGUUUGACCAAAAUUCCUACAGAAAAUUGUGUUUAUCUUGGGAAAGACCGAAAGAGACAUAAUUUUUGGGCGGAAUUGGGUUUGGAGUAAUUGGAAAAAAUCAUGACCCAAUUGAAGCCUAUACUGUCGCACCUCGACUCCAUACCCUCCACUCCGGGGAAGUUCAAAUCGGAAAAAGUGUCUCCCUUCAACACCACUUUCAAUCGUUUCCGACUGGUUCCCAGGUUCACUCUGUGGUCCCUUGUUUCCCUUCUGGCCGUCCUUUUUUUUCUCUUCUUUCCUUCUCCGGCGAACAAUGCGGCUCCCGACUCCCCGGCCAUCAGAAUCAAGCGGCGAAAUCUCCAAAACUCUGUUUCUCUGGUGGGUUCGAAAUGGGAGAAUCGGGUCUUGGCCUCCGGCCGUCCUUCUGCGAAGGAAGGAUUCUCAGUUUUAGUCACCGGCGCCGUCGGUUUCGUCGGAACCCAUGUCUCCGUUGCCCUGAAAAAGCGUGGAGACGGGGUCGUUGGCCUGGAUAACUUCAAUAGUUACUAUGACACCGGACUAAAGAAGGCCAGAAAUGCCCUCCUCGAGAAAUCCGGCAUCUUUGUUGUGGAAGGCGAUAUAAACGACGCCGCAUUGCUCGAGAAGCUUUUCGACCUGGUGAAGUUCACUCACGUGAUGCAUUUGGCAGCCCAAGCUGGAGUACGGUAUGCUAUGAAAAACCCCCUGUCGUAUAUUCAUUCUAAUGUGGAUGGGUUUGUAAAUUUGCUUGAAAUCUGUAAAUCAUCGAAUCCGCAGCCAAUUGUUGUCUGGGCUUCUUCUAGUUCUGUGUAUGGAUUGAAUUCUAAGGUACCCUUUUCAGAGAAAGAUCGAACUGAUCGUCCUGCAAGUUUGUAUGCUGCCACGAAAAAGGCUGGUGAAGAAAUUGCUCAUUCAUAUAAUCAUAUCUAUGGACUUUCCAUUACCGGGUUGCGAUUUUUCACUGUGUAUGGACCGUGGGGAAGGCCUGAUAUGGCUUAUUAUUUCUUUACUAAAGAUAUUUUAAAGGGGAAGGAAAUUAAGAUUUAUGAGGAAGUUGAUCAUGUCACUGUGGCUAGAGAUUUUACCUACAUUGAUGAUGUAGUAAAGGGCUGUUUAGCUGCACUAGAUACUGCACAGAAGAGUACAGGAAGUGGUGGAAGGAAGAAAGGAGCUGCUCAAUUGAGGAUAUAUAAUUUGGGAAAUACUACUCCAGUUCCGAUUGGGAGGCUUGUGAGCAUACUCGAGAAGUUGUUGAAGACGAAGGCCAAGAAGAAGGUUUUACCAAUGCCUAGAAAUGGAGACGUUCCUUUCACUCAUGCUAACAUCACUUUGGCUCGGGAAGAGCUUGGUUAUAAACCUUCAACGGAUUUGGAAGCAGGGCUGAAGAAGUUUGUGAAGUGGUAUGUUGGUUAUCAUGGAUCCAAAAAGAAGAGUUCUUGGUGAUGAUCCGCGAACCAUAUCAGUUAUUAAUUUUCUUAAUUUUUUUUUUUUUUUGGCAUGGUUUAGUUUAUGAAUUAUGAGUAGUAUAGUUUUUGGAUUGAACACCCUGUUCAGGAUGAUGAUUAUUAAUUAGUGCCAGUAGCUGCAUUGUGAAAUGAAGUUGGCGGACUUUUGAAUCAUUGUCCUGUUUUUGGAUGCAUUGGCAUUCUUGCCUUCUUGGUCUAUAGUUCUUCCACUUGAAUCUUCUUAUUGUACAUUGCUUGGCUUGACUAAUGGUAUUUGAGAAGCAUCUUAUUAGUUUCAAUUUCACUGUUCUAAGUUUCCACCUUGGAUUUGGUAUAUAAUAAUAGAUUUUUUGAAUUACUCAGUGCAUAGAUAAUCAGAUAUCAAUUUGGGCCAUUCUUAUCUCUGCAAAUCAGAACUUCACAGGCUGUGAAAGGUGAGAUGUUUCUUUUUUGUCCUGUAACUGUUAAUAGACUGCACUCUUUGGAUUAAGAAAACUACCAUUCUAUAUGCAUUGUAGACAACGUUGAAAAGUAGUUGUAUAUGUGGGAAAUGCAGGUGUCUGCCUGUAAACAACUCACUCCAAUUUAGGAUUCGUUGCAAUGCAUUUUUUAGUUUCUCUACGUGUUAGGUUUGUCAUUACAUGUGUAAUGAAGUUGAGGAAGCAAAAUGUCAUUUUCCU